AUGUCUCCAUUUCGAUUGUUGCAUGGCAUUCAAAAACAAUUACAUUCGGGCUAUGGUGGUAAAAAUAGAAAAGACAAAGAUAAAAAACCUUUUCAUAAUGGUAUGAUGCCUGAUGGUUCUGUGCAUAUAAUGAACUAUUUUGAUGAAAACGGUAUAAAAAGGCCUAAGGGAAUUAGACGAGUUCUUGAAAAACAAGAUUUGUAG